AUGGAUUUGGACUGGAUAUCCACGGCUUCGUGGCACUCAUUAUGGCAUCGCUGGCUGCACGGCUCGUGGAUGAACUUGAAGACAUCGGUGCUUCUGUCCACUGAAUCGCUUAGCUCGAACCCACAUCACGGGACCAAGGGGUGUAUACGCCUUUCCCCACUGAUCCACGUCGACCACACACCGACGUCUGGUGCUUCGUUCAUCGCCCACUUCCCAGGCCACAUCCAGGGAACCAUCAAGCAAGGGACCCUUCGAAUCCGAAAGAAGGCUAGCCAAGGACAAGCGCGGGGCCGUGCCGCUCACGAAGUCAUUCCCAUCGUCGAGUGGUCGUUCUGGAGUACCAUGAUAUAG